CAUCAGCUAUAUGAAAUAUCCCAGUGAAGUCGACAUGGUUCUAAAGUUUGCUCCAGAACUGGAAUUUCCGAGCGUAACUGUCUGCAACUUGAACCCUCUUCGGUACGAUAAACUUGGACGCACCGAGUACGGGGAGCGUUUUCAUAACCUCAAGGAUGACGGUACCGAUGAUAUUCUAUACCAGUCUGCACACAGACAUUUCGUGCCCGGUGACAAUAGCCGUGAAUCUUCUGAGGAAAUGGGCCCGACGUCAGACUACUAUGGAACACCUUACUCAACACCUUACUCUUAUGGAACGCAAGCCACGUGGCCGACAGGAAAUCCAGACGGACCAGAGUGGCCAGGUGAGCCUGGGGACGGGGAAGGUGAGAAGACCGAUCCCCCACAGAUGAACUCGCCUGGAGAAGGGCAACCAGGAGGGGCCCCUCAACCAACUUCUGGUCUGAGUACACCUGGCACCAGCAGUUCAUCAAGCUCCAAACCCCCAAAGCUCCAUCGCCGGCGAAGAGCAGCGAAUAACACAGGACAAGAAACAGCUAAUUUCACGAGCAUUAUUUCCAACUCCUCCUACAACCAAUGGGAGUAUUUGGGAGAAGACACCGCUGAUUCCUUCUACAAUAAAGUGUCCUCUCAACACCAGGCCAUGUCCACCGUGUCGGAUAUCAUAGCUACCAUGGAUGCACAGAAAGUGUCGGAGUUGGGACACCAGAAAAAAGACUUCAUCAUGGGAUGUAAAUGGCAGGGCUACCCCUGUUCACCGAGUAAUUUUACAUCAUUUGUGAACUAUAAGUACGGGAACUGUUUUACAUUCAAUGCUGACGUCAACAGCUCUCAUCCCAAACUGAAAACCAGCAACCCGGGCCCGCUGUAUGGUCUUGAGCUGGAGUUAUUCAUCGAACAGGAUGAGUAUGUCCCCUCGGUAUCUCAGGAGGCAGGUGCAAGGGUGGUCGUGCACACCAGGGGCAAGGUGCCUUUCCCUGAGGAUGAAGGGUUUACCGUGUCACCAGGAUACAUGACAUCUGUGGGUAUGCGCAAGACGUCCAUCAUCCGAUUAGGUUACCCUCAUGGCAACUGCACAACGGAAUUCACCGGCCUGAACUCUCUGUAUGAGAAGGUUAACACUGUGUAUUCCAAACAAGCGUGCAUGAAGUCCUGCUAUCAGACGGCGCUUAUCUCCCAGUACAACUGUACCCAAGCUGUGAGACGUUUACACACUGCCAAUAAGCUGGGAUGCGACGACGCAUGCCCCCUGCCUUGCAGUGACGAGGCAUUUACCCUUACAAUAUCGAACGCCGUAUGGCCGGGCAGAAAGUAUCAGGCAGAUCUGUACAGCAAAAUGACGAAAUCCAGCACCAAGCUCAUGAGGUCCGCCAGACAGGGAGGGUACUCUUAUGAUGUAGCCAAAGUGGAGAUAUUCUACCAGGAACUUAACUAUCAAGUCAUUGAACAGAAACCUUCGUACGAGUUUGAGAACGUCAUAAGUGAUCUGGGUGGACAGCUGGGCCUGUGGUUGGGUAUAUCUAUCCUGGCUCUUGGAGAAAUUAUCGACUUUUUCGUGUCUGUUAUUCACUUCUGCAUUUUCAAGGUCACCAGCUCUUCUCAGCACAGGCCCGGCGCAACGCCAGUUUAUCCAUACAGGCCGCCAAAGCAGUAAGCACGGUACAUCUCUAUGGAUCACCAACGAAGUCAACACAGUAAAGGUAGUAGACAGGGUAUACCCUUACUGGUAUUCCUAUGG